AAGAUGUACGUUCGGGCGCUAGAAGGAUAUGAGAAGGCACUAGGAGUAGAGCACACGCCAACACUUGGCACAGUCAACAACUUGGGCAACCUCUACAAUAGCCAGGGGAAGCUGGACGAUGCAAAGAAGAUGUACGUGUGGGCGCUAGAAGGAUAUGAAGAGGCACUAGGCGCAGAGCACACGUCAACACUCAACACAGUCAGCAACCUGGGCAACCUCUAUCAUGACCGGGAAAGCUUGAAAAUGCAGAGAAGAUGCACGUGCGGGCGUUAG